AAUUCGACGGUCGGGCGUCGCGACGUUCAAAUCGGUUUUACGUGUUGCACAACCUCGGUUUUCUCAGCCAAAGAUCGCGUCGAAUUGCAUCCUCAUCGUAUCCUUUCAUUUAGUUUCGGUUUUAUUUUCUUCCUUACGAUUCAGAUAUGAAAAAAUUGACGUUCGGGAUCUGGUGUUUUAUUAUUUUGGACGUGAUCCUUGUCAAGGUAAAUUCGGAGAUCUGCGACAUCGAGAUCCAGGACACGCUACGCGCACUCUUGGACCCCGAAGAAUACCCGACCUUGCAGCUGCAAGCUCUGCGUCGACAACUGAUCCGCAAGCUGCAACAUGCCCUGCAAACAGUAGAAAUAGAGCAGGACCCGAACCUGGACCCCAACCUGAAAAGAUCGCUGAGCGCUCUGGCCAGAUGGAACAACCUGCCGGAAAAGCGCAACCUGGAGGCGCUCGCUAGGGCCGGCUACAUAAAAACCUUGCCCGAGGAGGAGGAGGAGGAGAACGAGAGCUACAAAAGGAGCAUCGCGGAUUUGGCCAAGAACGGCCAGUUGCCCUCGCACGAGGACAAAAGGGGGAUACAGUCGUUAGCGAGAAACGGGGAAAUUCAUACAAAACCAGCGAAUUACAAAAACCAAGCGGUCGAGGAGAUGUACAAAAGAAACAUAGCAAGCCUGGCUAGGUUUGCGAACUUUCCUAGCUACAAUAAAAGGUCCCUAAGCAGUCUGGCUAGAUCAGGAGACCUCCCCUCCUUCUACUACAAACGUAGCAUCGCGUCCCUGGCAAGAGAUGGCGCACUAGGGAAGCGCAACGUUGCCGCUUUGCUUCGACAGGACUCCUACGUAAACGAACACCCAUCCGACGACCAAUCCGAAGCCUCCGACAUGGAAAAGAGAAACAUAGCCUCCAUAAAGGCCAGCUAUAACCCGAAAUUCAAGAGAUCGGCUACAAGAAACAAAAGACAAAUUGAUUUUGACGACAGUUUGGAGUAUUCAUCUCCGGUUUUCCAAAAUCAAAACGGCUAUGAUUACGAGGAGUUGUUAAGGGAGUUGAGUGGAGCAUAUGCAGAGCCGGAAAAAAGAUUUUUGGGUUCGGUGGCCAGAAGCGGUUGGUUUCGGCCUAGUAGAGAACGUUUUAGCGAGGAAAAACGACACAUAGGAUCUUUGGCUCGCUUGGGGUGGCUACCGACUAGACGAUUCGAGCGCGCUUUUAACAGGGCCGGACGGUCGACCGGCGACGAGUGCAGGGAGACUGCCUCAGAUGGGAAAACCCAAGAGUACAGUUUCACCAAAGGUCCGUUUCCACUAAAUGGCGAAAAACGCUUCCUUCAACAGACAGUACAGAGCUACAAAACUCGGAACCUUCACCCGAUGCACCCCUGGCUACAAUAAUACCCCCUUCUUGAUACGCCCCUGAGUACAAUAUAGAUUUUUCUCAUAUCAACAUUCGACAUAUCCCCUAAUUUUCGAUGUACUGUCACCCGGUCAAUCAUAUCAACUAAAAUAUCGUAAUUUAACCCUUCUAGAGUUUAACUUGAACAUAAUUAUAGGCCAAUUGAUAUUAUUAAUAUAAUACUAGGUGUAUAUUUUUAAAAUGUAUCGGAAAAUUUUGAAAAAAAAAAUAACUUGACUUGGCUGGAACUUUUCAACAAUUUUUGCUGUGUCUGAC